CCUUUCUAAGAUUUCGCCCUUCCCCUUUUUCAUUAUCACGUUUUCCUACUUACACUUUUUCUUAGUAAUAAUAAUUGCCUCUUAACUUCGUUGCCAACUUUUAAUUUCUCCCCCAAACUUCACUACUAAUUUAGCCACUCCAUUUUAGCUUACAUUUUUCUACCAAAACUUUUAAGAAGGUUGGAGUAUAUGAUCGGGAUAUUUGUUACAUAAGCAUAGAGAUAUGAGAAGUGGUGGUGGUCUUGCAGAUGCUUAUUCAAUGUACAAGCGUGCAUCAACUAAAGAUCAGUUCACUGAUGAUUAUGAAGACAGAGAAGAAAGUUUAGGUCGUCUCCAAAAUGGUGUCUGGAAAGAAAUUGGAAACCCCUCAUGGAAGCGCCCGUUGCCGCAUAUACUGGUGGCAAUUAUUUCAUCACUCUUGUUUGGUUACCAUCUUGGGGUGGUUAAUGACACUCUAGAAAGCAUGUCUUUGGACCUUGGCUUCAGUGGCAGCACCUUGGCUGAAGGUCUGGUUGUGAGUACAUGUUUGGGAGGUGCUUUUUUGGGCUCAAUAUUCAGUGGUUGGAUAGCAGAUGGGGUUGGUCGUCGGAGAGGCUUUCAAUUGUGUGCUCUACCAAUGAUAAUAGGUGCUUCUAUGAGUGCUGCAACAAGUACUCUUGGAGUUAUGCUUCUUGGAAGGUUACUUGUUGGAAUAGGGAUGGGCCUUGGCCCUGCUGUUGCUGCUCUCUAUGUUGCAGAGGUUUCACCAGCUUUUGUUAGAGGCACCUAUGGGAGUUUCACUCAGAUUGCCACAUGCCUUGGGCUCCUGGGAGCUCUUCUCAUUGGAAUUCCUGCCAAGGAUACUGUUGGUUGGUGGCGAGUUUGCUUUUGGAUAUCCACCAUUCCUGCUGCGAUACUUGCUGUUUUGAUGGAAUUCUGUGCUGAGAGUCCUCACUGGCUUGUUAAGAGAGGAAGAAUUGAUUUGGCUGAAGAAGAGCUUGAAAAGCUUAUGGGAGCGUCAUCAUCACAUGUUAAGUAUGCCAUUGCAGAAAUGUCAAAGACAGACAAAGGAGAUGAAGUGGAUAAUGUUAGGUUUGGAGAACUACUGUAUGGUCGUCAUUUUAAAGUGGUUUUCAUUGGAUCUGCCUUAUUUGCUUUGCAACAACUAUCUGGAAUAAAUGCUGUAUUUUAUUUCUCUUCGACUGUUUUUAAAAAGGCUGGAGUACCUUCAGACACUGCAAAUACAUGCGUUGGGAUCGUAAACUUAACAGGGUCUAUUAUUGCAAUGAUUUUGAUGGAUAAGCUUGGGAGGAAGGUGCUUCUAAUUGGGAGUUUCUUGGGCAUGGCAAUUGCAACGGGUCUUCAAGUAACAGCCGCUAGUUCAUUUGUACCAAUCUCUGCAGUAUUAUACCUAUCAGUUGGUGGGACCCUACUGUAUGUGUUGGCAUUUUCUUUGGGUGCUGGUCCAGUCCCUAGCCUCCUGCUGUCAGAGAUAUUCCCUGGCCGGAUUAGGGCAAAGGCAAUGGCUUUAUGCAUGGCUGCACAUUGGGUCAUAAAUUUUUUAGUCGGUCUUCUGUUUCUGCCGAUGCUUGAGCAUCUUGGACCACAAAUUGUGUAUGGAAUCUUUGCCGGUUUUUGCUUGUUGGCAGUGGCCUUUGUGAAAAAGAAUGUAGUGGAAACAAAAGGAAAAACAUUACAGGAGAUUGAGUUUGCUCUUCUUUCGUCUGAUUAGUGGUGACUAUAUCACACUCUAUAUUAAGUUCAGAUUGGAAAAUGUUAAAGGUCUAGUGGUUGAACAUCCAAAUUCUUGGCUCAGCUAUUUUUUGAUUUGUUCAAUUUUGGAGUGUGUUCAUAGGCGGGAAGGCAGUGACGACGAACAAUCAAGAUAGGGAUUGUCAGAAAGCGAGUUUGUAGGGAAUUGUCACUGCUUAUUUUUGCUGCUAUUCUGCUCACUCCACUGGUCGGUGACUAUUGUCUGAGGGAGCAUGAAACUGCAUCUGCCUCAGCCAGUAGUAGAUCACAUAUAUACUAUAGAGUACCUAUUGUUGCUAUUUUUGUAUAGCCUUUCCUUUAAUUUUUGCCUUGAUCUGAUUUUUGUAAUUAGCAUGGCACAGAAAGGCUGCUCGGAACAUUCCUUAUAGAAAUAAUGUUACAGACUUUGAAUUAGCAAGAAACUGGUAGGCUAGUUGCUGCUUGCGGUAACAAGGAAUAUUGGUAGUAUUAUAUUGUAGUACACAAUUGAUUAAUGUAGCUGAGAUUUUUCCA